AGCAGUGAAUUGUAUUUUUAUUUUUUAUAAUUUCUGAUUAAUGAUCUUAGUAGUUUUUUUGCUCCGUAUUUCUGAAGCUUAUGAUUUAAAUCCAGUUGUUAGCAGUUUGAUCCAUUCAAAGAGGAGGAUGGUCCUAGAGCUAGUUCCUCCAAGACUGAAGAAAGUCUGGAAAGAAUGGGAUUUGCGAGUGAUGGUUCUGCUUAGCCUCCUCCUUCAAAUUGUACUCAUCAUUAUGGGCAAUCGAAGAAAAUAUUCUCACAAUCUAUGGACCAGAAUUGUUGUAUGGUGUGCGUAUUUAGGAGCAGACGCUAUAGCAACUCUGGCCCUCGGUGUACUCUCAAAUAAUCUUGCAGAUUUCUAUCUAGAAAAUAGUGGGUGCAUUGUUGAUUCCAAAACUGAACUAACCGCAUUUUGGGCACCAUUUCUUCUCCUACACUUAGGUGGCCCUGACACCAUUACUUCUUUCGCCUUGGAAGAUAAUGAGUUGUGGUUGAGGCACUUUCUACAGUUUGUUGUGCAGACAGGAACCACAAUUUAUGUCUUGGUAAUGAGUUGGACAAGCUCUCCCCUUUCAGUUAUGUUCGUUUUAAUGUUUUGUGCAGGGCUUAUCAAGUAUGGAGAGCGCACGUUGGCACUCAAAUCUGCAACCAAUGAGACACUUAGAAAGAAACUUGUAGAGCCCUCGCAUGGAGAAUUUUCCGAACAGAAUUUUGAUAUGAUCCGAAGAGAGAAGAGUGACGCAGGCUAUUUUGUUGGAGUAGACAUGAGUAAUAUUGCAAAGGAGUUUUCAAAAUCUCCGAAGACUUUCAAAAUUCAGUCUUCCAGUAUUUCAAAGAAAAAGCUGCCACAAGCCGCAGAGAAGGAACAGAAGGCGGUGAUGAUUGGAUGGUCAGUGAAGCUCCCAGGUUUGAGCAAGACCCAGCAAAAGCCAUUUUAUUCUGGCACAUUGUUACAGAAGUUUCCUUCUAUUUGGAUCGAGAUGGAGAUGAUACUAAGAAGCAGUUUGCUGAAAUUGUUGCAAGUUCUGAAAUUAGCAAACGGAUCUCUAGAUACAUGUUCUAUCUCGUAGUAAAGCAUCCUUCCAUGGUAUCCAUUGGCAUAACCCAGGUUAACCUUCAAAGGACAGCUGACACCGCUUACGAAUGGUCACGUGGCUAUUCAACUGAAAAAGUAUGCGAAUUGUUGUUGGAAGGAAAAAUUGAAGGAGAUCAAACUUCACGUGAUGCGAUUUCGUGUAUCAAAAGAGUGAAGCAAAAGAAAAAGGAUUUGAAAGAGAAGUGGGUGAAACUUGGUGAGAUUUGGAUGGAAAUAAUGGGAAAUGCA